GUAACAGCGCCACAGUUCCAUCUGCUGGUUAGCGUCGGUAUAGCAUGCAUUUUCCCUGUGAGGUGCUGAUUCAAGACCACCGCAUUACUCCAUUCUCUGGCGAGAGAUGUGACUCAGCAUUAGAGUAAAUAAGGUGAAAAUACAGUCAUUCACCACAAAUUAAACUAAUAUACUUAGGCUACUUAAAUCUAUUUCCGUAUAAUUUAAAUACGACCGUUUUUCUCUUACAUUGGAUAACAAUACUAACCAUGGAUCAAUUCCGCGGCUUAUUUGAUAGACUCGACAAGAAUAAAGACGGGUUUAUAUCUACAGAGGAGCUGCAGAGUGAAAUGCGAAGGAUAGGUGUGGAACCAGUUUGUGAAAAGGUUCAGGCUAUCAUGUCCAGUUAUGACCAAAAUGAGGAUGGACGUCUAAGCUAUCAGGAAUUUCUUAUUUACAUGAUGGACAAAGAGAAGAAAUGGAAAAUAGAUUUCCAUGCCCUUGACAGAAAUAAAUGUGGAUCCAUUGACCUGGAGGAUAUAAUGUCUCUGUUUAAGGAAUUAGGUUUGGUCAUAUCAAAACCCAAUGCAAAGCGGAUCAUUCAAAUGAUGGAUGAAGACAACUCUAUGACGGUAAACUGGGAGGAAUUCCUCAAGCACGUCAUCAUUAACCCAGCAGAAAACAUUGGAGAGUUGGUAUCUUCCUGGAAACAUAACCUGGUGUUUGAUGUAGGAGAGAGCCGCUCUAUGCCUGUUGAGUUAACCCAGCAGGAGACUGACCUGUCUAUCUGGGGGAACUUUAUAUUGGCCGCAGGUUUGGCAGAUGCUGUGUCUAGAACUGUGACUGCACCAAUAGAUCUGUUAAAGACACGACUUCAGGUUUUUGGAUCUAAAGCUGUGUCUCUGGGAUUCCGAGAGCUGCACACUGGAGGUUUUAGAUCCUUGUGGCAAGGAAAUGCUGUGAAUGUUCUUAAAGGAACACCACAAUCAACGCUUCAGUGCUUCAUCUAUGCCCAGAUGAGGAUGUACACACUUGGCGAGAGGGACAGUCUUUCAGUCCACGAAAGGUUUGGUCUGGGCUGUGUGUCAGGGGCCGUGGCACAUGCUGCGUUCUACCCCUUAGAGGUGUUGAAAGUUAGACUCAAUCUCCAGACUGGUGGUACCUACAAUGGAGUUUUGGGAUGUGCCAGGCUGAUUUACCAGAACGAGUCUGUGGCAGCUUUCUACAGAGGGUUCAAACCCAGCAUACUCUGCAUGAUCCCUUAUGCUGGAGUGGAAUGUGCAGUUCAUCAGUCAAUAAUGAGCUGGGUUAAACACGAUUCAGAGCACUUCAGUGACUCCAAGCUCUUCCUCUUCAGUUUUGCAGCAUUUGCAUCAGGACAGGCCACCAGUUACCCUCUUGCUGUCAUCCGAACUCACCAGCAAGCUCAAGCUUUCUGUUCAAGCUCACAGAAGCCUACAGAUGCUCUUCAAGGACUCUUUGGAAUCUAUGAGAAAUAUGGAGUCAGAGGUUUUUAUAAUGGAAUGGGUGCUAGCUUUCUAAGAGCGGUUCCUUGUGCCUUACUGAAUUACACCCUGACCUCAAAAUUUGAGAUAUUGCUUUCUUCAUUGUUAUAAUGUUGAAUAAUGCUUCAGGAAUUAUGUCAUGAACCUUUUUUAUUUAUUGUUUUUAUUCAUUUGAAUUAUGUUAGAUUACAUAGAGUCUUGGGUUAUCUAUUAUGGUAACAACUUAUGACUAUGGUAUCAGUAUCUUAGUAUCACAUUUCAAGUACACAAGCACAGUAUCUGUAUUGUGCAUUCAUAUUUGCAGCACUUUAUUGGGUAAAUAUGUAUUUCACAGAUUACAAUAUGGUUUUUUGCCAUGUUUCCAACCUUCCUGACAUCAGAAAUCUUUAUUUGCUUGCUGCUAUAAACUUAAUCACUAUAUAGAACCGGUGUUAAAUUGUAAGGCAUAUUCAGCUUUAUAAAAUCUGGCAUUUUUUUCCUUUAUUAAUUUAUAUUUCCUUUUAUGCUAAGCUCCAUAUGCUAAUA